AUGGCUCCAAUUUUGCUGCUACCAUCUGAAAUACAAUGUGUCAUACUUGAUUACUGUGAUUUUUUCACUCUGCUUAAAUUGAGACAGGUUAAAUAUUUUUUGGAUUUAAUAGCACUUAACAUAUUAAAAAAAGGCAUUAAUUUAUUAUUUAUUAUGCUAAUCUUUCAAAUAUUUAUUUUGCAAAGCAUUUUACAGGUUUCAAGUUAUUACAAGCAACUUGCAGAGCACAAGUUAUCUCGACGAUUUUAUCUAAACGUGUUUUCUGAUUACAUGAUGGCAUUUUAUGAAAGUAAUUCUGCAGAAAAUUCGACUCACACUCCUUUAAUAUUCGAUAAAUUUUUAAAAUUUGUUGGACUUUACAUGCGUGACUUGCGUGAUCUUUCCUUACGAAACUGCCCAGUCGUUCUAACUUUUCAUGGAUUAACUCAGUUGUCGUCGAUACUCUCAAAAUUAAACCGAUUGGAUCUAAGUCAAUCUUGUGAUAAACCAUAUUUCAAUCCCCACGCUAUAUUGGCUUUACAUUACUUCCAACAAGUAAAAGUUUUACUUCUCAAUGGAUAUAUUGCGCGAAAAUUCACAAGAAAAGGAUGCUCGUAUUGGUUUGAAGUGCCACCAUUACGUCAGAUGUACAAUUUAGAAUGCCUUGAAUUGAAUUGUCAGUAUGAUACAUUAGCAGAAAUAUUGUAUUCAUUGUGCGAAAGUCAUUCUGCCUCAAUUAAUCUAAAACGACUUGGUGUAGAACACUGUCCUGCAAUAUAUCCUGAAUUACUGAUACGAUUCUUACUUACCUACCGAUCACUGUGCUUCAUAUCAAUAUCUAAUGCAUUAUUUACUACAAAUGAUCAACUAAAUCGAUUUUAUAUGUAA